AUGAUGGUCAACCCUAAAAAGUACGAGGUUGGGAUUAUCGGGGCCGGAGACAUGGGAAUGCUGUACGCUAAGCGGUUCAAGCAGCUGGGCAAAGUCGUAGAGGAAUACGGGCGUGCGACCAAAGUAGGAGCAAUAGUCGCAGGGCAAACCUCAGUGAAAACGCCGGAGAUCGAGGCAUUUGCGCAGUACCUUCCGGCGGACGUCCACAUUGUAACGUGUCAUUCGAUGCAUGGACCGAAUAUUGAUACAAAGGGCCAGCCGUUGGCAAUUAUAAGGAAAUACAGGGAGGCUGUGGAGGUGUUGGGGGCGUUGGAAUCGCGGAUGAUCUACUUGACGUAUGAGGAGCAUGACCGGAUUACGGCGGAUACGCAGGCGGCCACGCACCUGUCGUUUAUCAGCCUGGGCACAGCUUGGAGCCUCCAAGGGUACCACCCAUGGCUGAACCCGCAGUUCAUCUCAGGCAUAAACAACGUUAAACAAAUGGCAGUAUAUGCUGGGCUGGCAAUAAUGAACCCACUGGCAAAGAAACAACUUCAAUGCUAUGUCGAAUCCAUGACUGAUCUGUAUAAGCACAUGGUGGCUGGUAAAAAGCAGGAGUUCCGGGAGCUGGUGCACCAAGCGGCGGACUUUAUAUUCGGAAAGGACCGGCGGAAUAAGAAGAUCCUGUUGGAGGACGAUAUCUUGGAUCAACUUUCCUUAUCCCAGGUGCCAAAGGAAAUGAGCCGGCCGAAUUCCCACUUGUCCCUGCUGAGUGCCGCGUCUGCUGACCCGCCGUUUCGCAUGUGGCUGGGUAUCGUCGAGUAUUUAUUUUGCAACGAGGAGAUGUUGGAGGAGUCCAUUGAGACGGCGCUUGAGGACAGAUAUACGCAGGCGGAGGACUGGUGUUCUACACGGCAGUCACCGGAUGGGGACAGCUACCGCGCGAGAUUCGAAAAAACUGCCGCAUUCCUUAGCCAUAAACUGGAGGAAGGAAAAGACCUAAGCACGAUGAUUCUGAAAAAACUGACGGACAAGGAAGAGCAGGAGCAGCAGGAGCAGCAGCAGGGCAGCAGCAGGAGCAGCAAAUUUAAAAGCAAAACCCCAAACAAUAAUUACAAUUCACUCUAA